UGCGCCGUUAGCCAGGCAUGCGAACGUACACGGCGCGCAACGUUUCUCUGCUGCUGCUUCUGCCGCUGCUGUUCCGUUAUUCGUCCUUUUUGCGUUUGACAGUGUGUGUGUGUGCGUGUAUCUGUUAGUUGGCGCGCGCGUUAUUUUGAUACACAGCAUCAACAUUUGAAUUUUUAUUCAAUUAAAGUGCAAAAAUCAACGCCAUUUUCGCUGUUAAUUCACAGCCCUCUGUCACUCGCUGAAUGUGCGUGUGUAUGCCGUCUCUCUGUGUGUGUGAGUGUUUGUAAAAAUAUGCGCGGCACAAUAAGAAAAAUACAUAUUCAAAUUUCAUUUGAAAUUACUGCACGCAUUUAAAUAAUUGUGUAAAAAAGUGAAAAAAUUCAAAUACUAAAGAAAGAAAAAAAUCAAGAGUGAGAAAGAGCGAAAGAUUCAGAGGGAGCGCGAGUGAGAGUGAGGUGGCAUUGGUAUAGCCUCCAGGAGACGGGAGAUAGGAGCCAGCAGGCAGCAGCUAGCGUAGCCACAUUUAAUAGGAUUACACGCUGCCUGACAGUUUUGCCGGAUUAAUACAACUCAACUCAAAGAGGAAGCACAUAGCCUUAGCUCCGCUUUUGGCUGACGCUGCUUUUCUAUUUCCCGGGACCGUGCAUCAUGUGCUUAGCGUAGCACUGCCGUGGAUGAGCCGCAAUGUGGACCUAUAUGAUGGCAGCCGCCCGCGGAGAUCGGGUCAACACAAUGAUGUCCAGCAGACGCCGCCCGGAGACCGAAUCGCCCAAAUACGGUUACAACCUCUCCCGUCCCAUGUAUCGCACGACACGCUUUGUCAGCCCCGUCGCCUCGGCGCCCGCCCAGCUCGGGCCCUCCAGCUGCAAUCCGGCGCACGAGGAGCUGGAGGUAAGCGGCGGCCUCUACGCCCCAUUUCAGCCGACGCUGGGGGCUGUGGGCGCGGAGGGCGGCGUGUGUCUGCCGCGCAAGCAUUUGAUUGCCAACCAAACGGCAAUGCCGUUGCCCAUGGGUCCAACCGACGGCGCUGAGCCGGAUGAGCAGCAGCCGCACUAUCCGCGCAGCAGCUGCAGCAACAACAGCAGCUGGCUAUCCACACCCCACACAAAUAACACCAGCAACAACAACAAUAACAACAAUAACAAGUCUUUUGUCCUCUGGCUGCGGCUGCCGCUGCGGCUGCGGCUGCCAGGUGGCGCUGGCAAUGAAGGACUCGAGUCACUUGAGACUUUUGCGGGUUAA